AUGAGGGCAUUUGGGACUGCCAGAUGGCUUAAUUGCCAUCUGCUUGCGGAUGCCCAGAAGGCAACUUCUGGAGCUCGCAAUUUCCAGGCUGCUAUUCUUCCCUUGGCUUAUCAGGGCCAGCUGCGAGCUUUCAGCGGAUCAGCCCCGCGGCUCAAUGCUGCGCAGGAAGCUUUGAAAAAAGCACAGAAUGAUGCUGCCAGCCUCACUGCCGAAUCUGUUGCCGCCAACCUUGCUCCCGAAGAGAUUCAGCGUCUCUCUUCAGUCCGGAACAUCGGUAUCGCGGCACACAUUGACAGUGGCAAAACUACGGUAACGGAACGAGUUCUCUUCUACACUGGUCGAAUCAAGGCAAUCCACGAGGUCCGCGGCAAAGAUGCCGUCGGCGCCAAGAUGGACUCUAUGGAACUGGAACGAGAAAAGGGUAUCACUAUUCAGUCUGCGGCUACAUUCUGCGACUGGAAGAAAACGGUAAACGGAAAGGAUGAAGAGUAUCACAUCAACUUGAUCGACACUCCCGGCCACAUUGACUUCACCAUCGAGGUCGAGCGUGCUUUGCGCGUGCUCGAUGGUGCCGUCAUGAUUCUCUGCGCUGUCUCUGCUGUUCAGUCCCAAACGAUUACGGUCGAUCGUCAAAUGAAGCGCUACGAUGUCCCUAGGAUUUCAUUCAUCAACAAGAUGGACCGCAUGGGUGCCAACCCCUGGAAGGCCGUCGAACAGAUCAACUCCAAGCUCAAGAUCCCCGCGGCCGCCAUCCAGAUUCCUAUUGGCGCCGAGGACGAAUUCGAGGGCGUUGUCGACAUUAUCGAGAUGAAGGCCAUGUACUUUGAGGGCCCCCGUGGCACCAAGGUCCGAGUUACCGACCAGGUCCCUGCUAAUCUGCAAGAGUUUGCCGCCGAGAAGCGACAGUUCUUGAUUGAGAAGCUGGCCGACGUUGACGACGAAAUCGCCGAGCUGUAUCUCGAUGAGCAGGAACCCACCAAUGCACAGAUCAAGGCUGCUAUCCGCCGCGCCACCAUUGCCCGCAAGUUUACUCCUGUCAUGAUGGGUUCUGCCCUGGCCGAUAAGGGUAUUCAGCCCAUGCUGGAUGCUGUCUGCGACUACCUCCCCAACCCCGGUCAGAUCGAAAACACUGCUCUGGACAAGACCAAGGGAGAGGAGACCGUGGCACUGGUCCCCUACAACUCGCUUCCCUUUGUCGGUCUUGCAUUCAAGCUCGAGGAGAACAACUAUGGCCAACUUACCUACAUCCGUGUCUAUCAGGGAACCCUGAGCAAGGGUACCUACCUGUACAACUCCCGAACCGACAAGAAGGUCCGCAUUCCCCGCAUUGUUCGCAUGCACUCCAACGAGAUGGAGGAUGUCAACGAGGUCGGUGCUGGUGAGAUUUGCGCCGUGUUCGGUGUCGACUGUGCUUCUGGCGAUACCUUUACCGAUGGCGGUCUCCCUUACACCAUGUCUUCCAUGUUCGUCCCCGAUGCCGUCAUGUCCUUGUCCAUCAAGCCGAAGCGCACUGGCGACGCCGACAACUUCAGUAAGGCGAUGAACCGAUUCCAGCGCGAGGACCCGACCUUCCGUGUCCACGUCGAUGCCGAGAGUGAAGAGACCAUCAUUUCCGGCAUGGGUGAAUUGCAUCUCGAAGUCUACGUUGAGCGCCUCAAGCGAGAGUACAAGACGGAGUGUGUCACCGGCCAGCCCCGUGUCGCCUACCGUGAGACCAUCUCUCGCCGUGCCGAUUUCGAUUACCUCCUCAAGCGACAGAGCGGUGGUCCCGGUGACUUUGCCCGCGUCGCCGGCUACAUCGAGCCCAACGAAAAGCCGGAGGAGAACCACUACGAGAGCCAGGUCGUCGGCGGCCACAUCCCCGACAAGUUCCUGUCGGCCUGUUCCAAGGGUUUCGAGCUUGCCUGUGAAAAGGGCCCCCUGCUGGGCCACCGCGUCAUCGGCUCCAAGAUGAUUAUCAACGACGGUCAGACCCACGUCACCGAUUCCUCCGAUUAUGCCUUCAACCUGGCCACCCAGAUGGCCUUCCGCAAGGCCUUCCCCGAAGCCGGCGGCCAGGUCCUCGAGCCGCUGAUGAAGACGACCAUUACCGCCCCGAACGAGUUCCAAGGAAACAUCCUCAUGCUGAUGAACAAGCGCAACGCCACCAUCCACGACACGGAGAUUGGCAGCGAGGACUUUACGCUCAUCUGUGACUGCAGCUUGAACGCCAUGUUCGGCUUCAGCUCGCAGCUGCGUGCGGCGACUCAGGGCAAGGGUGAAUUCAGCAUGGAGUUUAGCCACUAUGCCCCUGCUCCUCCUCACUUGCAAAAGGAGCUGGUCGCCAAGUACGAGGCCGAGCUCGAGGCCAAGCGAACCAAGUAA